AUCCAUCUGUAGGAGCACCGCAGCUGACCGGAGGAGAGGAGGCUACACCACUAAAAAGAAACUAAAUCACAGGAAGUCACGACAUCAGCACAGACCUCACUUUGCAACCAAGUGAACAUCCAGAGCCAGUCUAACUGGGAGUUUACUGGGACAGCGGACUGGUUUGUAUCCAGGCUGGAGAGGACCAUGGCUGACAACGUGACUGAAGGGUCAGAUUAUACUCCUGGGAAAGAUGAGCUGAACUGGGGCUAUGAAGAAGGUGUAGAAUGGGGACUUCAUUUCCCGGCAGCCAAUGGUGAAUACCAGUCUCCCAUAAAUCUGAACUCUAGGGAGGCUCAGUAUGACCCCACCCUUCUGGAUGUUGGUUUAUCACCAAACUACGUGGUGUGUCGUGACUGUGAAGUCGUCAACGAUGGACACACUGUCUGCAUCCUUCUCAAGUCCAAGUCAGUGGUUACUGGGGGUCCGCUGCCGAGAAGUCAUGAGUACGAGCUUCAUGAGGUCCGAUUCCACUGGGGCAAAGAGAACCAAAGAGGAUCAGAGCACACAGUGAACUUCAAGGCUUUCCCUAUGGAGCUCCAUCUGAUUCACUGGAACAGUACUUUGUUCAACUCAUUAGAGGAUGCUCUGGGGAAGAAGAAUGGAGUUCUCAUCAUAGCACUGUUUGUGCAGAUUGGCAAAGAGCAUCUGGGUCUGAAGGCCAUCACUGAAGUUCUACAGGACCUUCAGUACAAGGGGAAGAGCAAAGUAAUCCCAUGUUUCAACCCCAACACUCUCCUACCUGACCCACUACUGAGAGACUACUGGGUGUAUGAAGGAUCUCUGACUACGCCGCCUUGUAGUGAAAGUGUGACCUGGAUUCUCUACCGCUAUCCUCUCACCAUCUCACAGCUACAGAUUGAGGAGUUUCGGAGGUUACGGUCCCACAGCAAAGGAGCGGAGCUGCACGAAGGGAACGACGGGAUGUUGGGGGACAACUUCCGCCCCACCCAGCCACUCAGUGACCGAACGGUUCGCGCUGCGUUCCAAUGACCUUCACUCGACCCCUGCCAUCUGAGACAAACUGUGGGACCUGCUGAUUUAACUAU